AUUUUUCCGUAACGCGUCAAUGCAACUGCCUUUAUAUUAUUUUCCAGCAACACGUUUGGAAAUGAAAGAUACAAAAAAGUAUGGUUUUCCAAUAUUUUAAAUGAACUUAAUUCUUACUCAAGCCUCGUGCAUGUUUUAAUAUUCAUUAAUAAUUCACGAGGAAAAUACAAAUGAAACGAAUGUUGAAUCAAUGUUUGUAAAUCGGAUAAGAUCUGUCCUGAUUCACAUAAACUUCAGCUUUGAUUUUUUCGGCCUCGACGAUGUUUAUUUUUGAAAUUACUUCGCCAAUGAACUCAUAAGAUAUGGGUCGUUUUUCCCCGAGCCGGCGGCGCGAAGCGCCGUGCGAGGGUACUAAUUCCCCCCGGCUAUUUACACCCGGGGAAACGAAAGCAUUAGCGGAGUCUAAAGUUCAUCAAAUAUCGCGGGCGUGGGUGACCAACGGUGUUGAGCACUGAGCUAUACUUAUAUAUCUGGAGAUCGUGCUCUCGACGAAAGUGUGUGGCCAAAAACAUGGCGGAUUUGACGUCACAAUCGACCUAUUUUCAUGGCAGUUUCCACUGACCCAUGGCUCGAAUGUCCGUGGGCGACAAAAUUCAACCCCCCCUGAUUUUACAGUGAUUUAUCAUUUAUGUACUGUUGUUUGUAUUAGUUGAUCGACGAUGGAGUGUAUUUUGAUUUUCGUCCUUUUGAAAAUACAGUAUUAUUCUAACUGCGCAUAUAAAUCAAUAAAGACCGAAAGCCAUUAAUAAAAAAAGACAUGAAUGGAGUUUGACGGCCACAAGAACAAAGCAUGUAAGUCAUUGAAAUGAUUUAUCAAUUCUUGUUGUAUUGUGAAUUUGUGUUGCAACUGACUAUCAAGAUUAUUCUUUAAAACACGAGUAUUAUAACAAUCCCCAGCAAGUAAAAUUAAGCAAAUAUAGCUUGUUGAAAACCGUACUGCUAUAAAUUUCCCAAUGUAAAUUUCCCUGAGUGACAAAGGUUUUUUUAGAGAUUUUAAUACCAGUUUAUUCUAUUAGUUAAUUGUGGGGAAAAGCAACUCUUUGGAAUAUAAAGCACUUAAUCACCAUUAAAGUUUUUUGCACCUGUAUGUAUUCCACUUUCAGGUAUGAAUUUAUCAAGAAAAUAUGGGAUAUCUGUACUAAGUACCAGGUGGCAAUGAAGAAAGUCAAGUGUAUUUCUUUAUAAUGGUCUUCCUUGUAAAAGGCAAUGGCACUAUUUCAUUGAACAUUCAAGGAACAAUCGCCUUUUAAAACAAAUAUGCACAUUUUUAUGCUCGAGUUACAAUGUUUGAUUUUGAUAUCUGCAUUUUAUGCGAUUCAUACCUUAUUUUUAAGUGUUCCUCAAAUACUGUAUUGAUUCAAUACAUUACCUCGGGCUGACCAAUUCAUUCCAUCAAGAUAUUUGCUGUGUUGGUGUAAUACAUGUACUCAGGUGAAUAAGAUGCUUGUGUGAUGUUACGUACUCUGAGUGGAUAUCCACACUGGGCAGGCUUGAAAAAUAUGCCUGGCCACAGUGGGAUUUGAACCUACAACCUUUGGAAUACUGGCCCAAUGCUCUGCCAACUGAGCUAUACAGUCUGGGCAGUUCGAGUAUGCAAUAUUUCGGAACUGAGUCUAGUUCCUUCGAUAUCAGUGUAAUCUAAUAACCAUGAUAUUUGUGAAUAUGAUGCUUGUGUGAUGUCACUCUGAGUGCAUAUCCACACCGGGCAAGCUUGAAAAAUAUGCCAAGCCAUAUUGGGAUUCAAACCGACCUGACUGCGUAGCUCAGUUGACAGAGCAUUGGCAUUUGGGCUAGUAUUCCAAAGGUCAUAUGUUCAAAUCCCACUGUGGCCAGGUAUAUUUUUCAAGCCUGCCCGGUGUGGAUAUACACUCAGAGUAACAUCACACAAGCAUCUCAUUUCAUCAAGUUCCUCCAGAUAUUCAUACACUUCCUGUGAAAGAGCCAAUUCCAAGUAUUUAAUCAUUUCUGGUCACUUCCUUUCUAUUUAUGAUUGGUUAGUUGCACAAACAACAAAGGUGAUUGGUGCAUUCAAACCAUUUAAUUAACAGGAAGUUUACAAUUAUACUAGGAAGUGUAUGAAUAUCUUGAGGAACUUAAUCAAAUGAAUUGGUUAGCCCGAGGUAAUGUAUUGAAUCAAUAUUUGAGGAACAAUUCAAUUGGAACGACAGUGAAGAAUUAUUAAAAAAAAUAUUUUAUUCAAAAAAAGAUUUUCCAAGAUAAUUAUAUAAUUACAUUUAGUAAUAAGAAUAAAUAAUAUGUGUUAUUUUCUGCCGGCUGAGGAACGAAAGAGGCAGAAAAUGUUUUUCUCACACACUGCUGGGGGACUGGAUCAAGGGUGGGGUCCAGGUCACCGAAUCACUUUUUUGCUUGCCUGUGCUAGCCUGACCUGUGUUGUUUUUGUCUUGAGUGAAAACUGCGAAAUUUGUCUUUGUUGGCUUGGUAUAGUCAUGCCAAAAGAAUCAAAUCAAUCUAAAUCAGAUUCUAGAGCGUUACGGCGCCUGGAUCCGUACAAUAAAAGUCCUCGAGAGAGGGAAGAAGAUCCGGAACGAAGUUCGCGGCAUUCGAGUGGCGAAAAAGCAAGGUCGCGUCCUUCACAAUCCGCCAGUCGUUCAGAGACUCGUAGUCGCUCACGUUCGCCAUCUGAACCGCCACAAUGGGCGAGAGAGUUGUUAAAGAACCAGGAGGAAUACAGAAAAGAAAUAAAACGUCUACAAAGCGAAAUCGAGCGUGGUCGAACGUCUAUGUCGACACGGGAUGAGCGAGUACUCGAACCUGUCUUCAAAUAUGUGGGGAACAAAAAAAACAAUACGAGCUAAAUAACAGCGUCGCUGACAAGAUUCAAGUAGCCCUAACGACUACCGACGAACAGCAACGAACGGCUGCGUUGAACGAAGGUAAGAGCUUGCUAAAUGAAAGAAACAAACAUAUUUUGUUAGCAGAGAAAUUUGGUUGGGACACGGUCGAAUGCUACACUGCUGAGCCUCUUGCCGCCGAUGCAGACGAUGAAAAACGGAUUAAAAAGGCUGUGAAGGAGAGUCAGCGUGUUAGGGACGAAAAGAAAAAGAAAUUAGGACAGUCUACGAAAUCUAAGAGGCAGUUUAUGUGGUCUAGCGGGUCCCAAACGGAACGUAAGGGCGUUGUUGACAGAGCAUCGUUUCCCGCGCAACGGGGGGUUUUGGCGGGAAAGUCGGAGGUAUUGCGUAACAAUACAAGCGGUGUUUGUUUUCGUUGCCUCAGACCCGGCCAUUUCGCUAGGGAUUGUCGAUCCGCAAACACAAGAACAGUCACUUUUAAUGGAGCACAACCUAGUGGACCCUCUUUGCAACCAAAUACCCAGUGAUUGGGAGAGGGAUAACUUUGUAAAUAGUAGGAAUGAUUCAUGUACUAAUAUUGAUGGUUCAAAUUAUUGUUCGUUUGUUGAUAUUGAAAACUUGGAGCUUUGCUCAGGUACAAUAGUGAAGGGACGACUGCGAGAAAACAUUUCUUUUUGGGAGAACAUUGGGACUAACCGAUGGGUACUGGAGAUAAUUCGGGAAGGAUACUGUUUACCGUUUAUUGACAUGCCAGAGCAAGUAGUGUUAUCUAAUCACAGGAGUGCUUUCAAAUCAUCCGAAUUUGUGACACAAGAAAUAGCCAAACUUCGGUUAUCUGGGGUGCUAGUGGAGGUAAAAGCACACAAGUUGACUGUCUGUAAUCCCCUGGGCGUAGUGUUUAAUAAUGCACAGAAGCCCAGAUUGAUUCUGGACUUGCGUUAUGUCAACAAGCAUUUGCGAUCUUGUAAGUUCCAAUACGAGGACAUUCGGACAGCUGCAAACUUGUUCAAAAAAGGGGAUUGGUUUUAAACACUGGAGAGGGAAAGGGUUCAGAGUUUUUACAUACCUUGAUGACGGUGCUGGAGCAGAGACUAGCUUGGAGGAGGCUCUAAAAACAGCAACCCUGGUGAGACAGGACAUUGCAGACAGUGGGUUUGUAGCUCAUAAGGAUAAAUGUCAAUGGGAACCGGUCCAAUCAGGGGAGUUACUUGGGUUUGUUAUGGACCUGAAAUCUGGUACAUUUCGUGUUCCACAAAGGAGGGUAGAAUCCCUUCAAGAAGGCCUGCAGUAUGCUGUGUCGAAAGGCUUUGUUUCAUCUGCUCGAUCCCUUUCUCGACUUACUGGUAUGUUGGUGUCCAUGGGGUUGGCUAUUGGCCCGGUGGUUCGUCUCUGGACUAGGGCUUUGUAUCGUGAGAUCCUUCAAGCCCCAUCCUGGGAUAUACUGUUUGCCCUUUCAACCGAAGCGCAGCAAGAGAUAUAUUUCUGGAUUGAUAAUUUUGAUAAUGGUGGUUAUCCUAUUUGGUCCCCAAGUCAAAAAAUUGACGUGAUGACUUACUCUGAUGCUAGUGCUACAGGUUGGGGUGGAUAUGCAGUUCAGAUUGGUGAACAAUCUGCUAUCGGUUGUUGGUCGGAAACUGAAGUGCAUAAAAGUUCCACAUGGAGGGAGAUCAGAGCAACUAGACUAGUAUUGGAAUCUCUCAGUCUUCAGGGAAGGGAGGUACGUCACAGGACUGACAAUAUGAACACUGUGCAUAUUUUGUCUGUGGGUAGCCGGAAGCAGGACCUUCAUCGGGAGGCAGUGGAAAUUUACAAACUGUGCCAAAAGAAUGGCAUACGCUUAUCAGUCGAGUGGGUUAGCAGGGAUGACAAUGAACAGGCAGAUGCCUUGUCUAGGGUGGAGGAUGCAAAUGACUAUAGUUUGGACCCCUUAGUGUUCCAGCGGUUGGACGAAGAGUGGGGUCCUCAUACACUGGAUCGUUUUGCAAGUGUGCAUACCAAACAACUUCCACGGUAUUGCAGUCGGUUUCAAAAUCCUGGUUGUGAGGCUGUGGAUGCCUUCAUUGUUUCUUGGAGAGGAGAAAAUAAUUGGGUUUUUCCUCACCCCUACCUGAUCCCACGAGUGUUAAGACAUAUGGCAGAGGGUAAAGAAUUUGGAACACUUAUAUUACCGGAAUGGCAUUCUGCCCCAUGGUGGCCAUUGUUGAUUAACAAACAAGGAUUAUGGCAGGAAUUUGUCAGGGCCUGUUGCCGAUUUCAACCAUAUGAUGGCAUCUUGGUACCCGGUUCAGCAGCAAGUGGCCAAUUUGCUUCGGGUGUACCGCCCUAUACAAUUAUGGCAUUGAGGCUCAGUUUUGUGGCAGAAUGAUAGCAGUGGUGAGUUGUACCCAGUGCAUGGCACGAUUACAGGCAAAUGCUGAAAGGCCUGUAGGGACAAAUAGCCUGUUAGGAGCAGUUAGCCUGCAAAGGCACAGUAGCCUGUUAGGGGCACAAUAGCCUGUUAGGGGCACAAUAGCCUGUAAGGGCACAAUAGCAUGUAGGGGCACAAUAGCCUGUAGGGGCAUAAUAGCCUGUAAGGGGCACAAUAGUCUGUAAGGGGCACAAUAGCCUGUAGGGGCACAAUAGCCUGUAAGGGGCACAAGAGCCUGUAUGGGGCACAUUAGCCUGUAAGGGGCACAAUAGCCUGUACAGGGCACAAUAGCCUAUAAGGGGCACAAUAGCCUGUAGGGGCACAAUAGCCUGUAGGGGUACAAUAGCCUGUAAGGGGCACAAUAGUCUGUAAGGGGCACAAUAGCCUGUAGGGGCACAAGAGCCUGUAAAGGGCACAAGAGCCUGUAUGGGGCACACUAGCCUGUAAGGAGCACAAUAGCCUGUACGGGGCACAAUAGCCCGUACGGGGCACAAUAGCCUGUAUGGGCACAAAGGGGUUUGGUAGCCUGUUAGGGGUUUGGUAGCCUGUUUGGGGCGUAGUAGCCUGCAAGGCAGUAUAUUGCCUGUUAAGGGCACAACAACUUGUUGGGGUACAAUACCCUGGGGACCCCCCCCCCCCUUUUUAGAAGCAAUGGUCGGGUAGUUUUUUUAAAAAUUUGCGUUUUUUCAGUUGCAGUGGUGCAAGCUGUUGCAAAAGAGGUGGUGUUACCAGCUGAACUGGAACCUACAUGUUUCAAAGAUCCAGAAUUGGCUCGAUUAGCCAAUGUGCUGCCUGGGAUUCUGGUGCAGGACAGGGCCGAUAAAACUGUUAAAACUUAUCUGGGGGCAUACCGUAGGUGGAAGCAGUGGGCAAUCCAUCGGGGUGUGGUUCCCUUGCCGGCCGAGACAGUGCCCUUUGCGUUGUAUCUAGUCUUUCUUAUCCAACAAGAACGAUCGGUGGCAGCAGUUAACUCUAUAGUGUAUGGCGUUAGCUGGGUACACAAGAAGGGGGGUUUCCUGGAACCUGCGCAGCAUCCGUUAGUUAAACAGCUAAUGGAAGCAGCACGACGGAUCCUGGCAAAACCGGCAACACGGAAGUCUCCUCUUGGAGCCGACUUGGCGAGGAAGUUAGUGCUGCGCUUGGAGCAAGGUAGUCUGGCGGAGUUGCAGUUAGCCACGUUGAUCGCCUUGGGAUUUUUUGGUUUUCUGCGAUGGGAUGACCUAAGUAAUUUGGCCGCAGACAAUAUCCAAAUUGAGAAUUCACAUAUGGCAUUGUUCUUAGAAAAACGAAAAAAAAUGACCAGUUUAGAGACGGUUCGUGGGUGUUCAUUUCAAGCUCGGAAGUGAAACCGUGUCCAGUGGCAGUGGUAAAGAAAUUCCUAGUGCAAGGUUGUCAUGCGCAGGGAUCCAAGUUAUUUCGGCGAGUCCAGCAUACAAAAAAUGGCUGCAACUGAAGAAACAGGGCAUGUCCUAUAGUAGGGCCAGCCAACUACUGAAAGCAGAGUUAAAGCCUACAUAGUCUACGUGCAGGUGGGGCCAGCAGCAGCUUUGGGUGUACCGGACCGGUUAUUCCAACGACAUGGAGGCUGGAGAAGUGAGACAGCUAAGAAUAAUUAUCUAGAAGAGAGCCUGGACUCUUUGUUAUUAGUUACUAAAUCUAUUCAGGAUAAGAACACCUAAUAUAAGUCUAGCUGAACAUUCUCCUAAGCUCUUUGUGACACUAUGCGUUUUGAGCUUGCGUGUGCAGCAUCCCUCAGCGGUGUGUGAGAAGUGUUAUUUUCUGCCGGCUGAGGAACGAAAGAGGCAGAAAAUGUUUUUCUCACACACUGCUGGGGGACUGGGUCAAGGGUGGGGUUCAGGUCACCGAAUCACUUUUUUGCUUGCCUGUGCUAGCCUGACCUGUGUCCCACCCACCCACCCUAUUGGCAGCUAUCCUGGUUGAUAUUUUGUUGCGAUCCUCGUUUGUAAAUAUGAGAUAUUGUUAAUAAUUAAUUAAAGGUCAGGCUUCCGUGUGCAGCAUCCCUCAGCGGUGUGUGAGAAGUGUAUAACACCAGAUUUCACAAUAUUAACAUGUAGGAGUAACAGGGUACUAGAUGUAGCAGUAACCCUUGUCGGUUCAUUUAUUAACUGUUGUAUAUCGUAUAUGUCGUAUAUGUUUUUUUACUUUAUACCUGCUUGGUGACUCGGUUGUUGACAUAAAGUCAACAUUUAAAUCUCAAAUUAUUCAAUCACUUGCUCGAAUUCAGCAACAUGACUAGUUGGUAAAUCAGGAAGUCUAUACCAUGUACUAUAAUUACCAAGAUGGACUUAGAUCGUGGUUUUUUAAUCUCUACAAUCAGAUUUUCAAGAGUUUCUGAUUGCAGAUCAUGUCAAAUUUUGUAAUUACUCCGGGUACUGUAACUACCGGAGUAUUAAAAUGGCAGAUCUUUUUUCUUAGGCGACACAAGUGUGCACUUCCACAGGUGCACCGUACGCAACGCACGCAACGCACUACAAAAAUACGAAAUAUCUAAAAAUAGCCGCCAUUCGUAGUAGAUCGGAGCGAGCGUCGUGUUUACAAUGUAUUUAGUUCUAUUUACAGUAAAUAUUAUCAAAUGCAGGGGUUCUCAUACACUCGUUUUUAUACAGUGACCACAGUUCAUAUAAAUACAAAUCGAAAUUCGAGACUUUCUCGCGUGUUUAGUAGCGGUUGCCGUUAUUGCAAAGCUAAUUCUGAUCGACAUCUGGCUUGGUUCGUUACUGACGUUAACCCGGUAUUUUUUAAUUUUGUCAACACUGUACGUAGUUAAAUUGUGUUAACACCCGUCACUCGUGUUUUUUAAGUCUCCCUUUGUGCCUCGUGGCCAAAAUUGAAGUACAAAGAACGCACAAAUCUAUUCGACAUAUGACAUAUCUGAAAGUCUUCGAUUCGCGAGGCAAUUUAUAUCGCAAACCACAACAACAUUGGCAAUAUUGUCUACCACGCUUGAAUUAGACAAAAGCGCAUAUAAAAUAUAUAUAACUAGAUAGCUUUACCCAACACUAGUACGUCUAUUACACAAGGGUGGGUAGUAGCGAAGUAGUUGUAGUUCGCUACUGUAGCGAACUACAAUUUUCAAGUAGCCAGUAGUUUUUGACUACUUUUUUAAAACAGUAGCUGUAGUUAUAGCGAACUACAUUUUGCCUAAAAGUAGCCAAGUAGUUGACUACUUUUCAAAUAGCGAUCGCUAUUCGCUACUUUCUAAAAUUGUUACUCAAUAGCAAUUUGCAGAGAGGGUACAAAAGCUGGACCCCCUCAUCUGGACCCCCUUCUGGACCUCUCAGAAUAUAAAAUAAAUUCAAAAUAGGGAUUAAAAUAAAUACUUUGCAGAAAUAAUGAUUUUCAUAAAUAAUAGAUUUUAAUUUAUGGAAGUGGGCCUAGUUGCGAAGCAGUCUUGUGUAAUAGGUUAAACAGGUCACUACUUUAUAUUACGGCAUGUGGUAAAACACUGACUACCGGAACACCACCGGAACACCGCCGGAACACCACCUAACCCUAACCCCAACCCUAACCCCCAACCCUAACCCCCAACCCUAACCCUAACCCCAAACCCUAACCCCAAACAAAAUGGUGGUGUUCCGGUGUUCCGGUGGUGUUCCGGUGUUCCGGUAGUCAGUGUUUUACUACAUGCCUUAUAUUACAUCAAAAGAAUAGUUUCGGCCCACUGAUGUUUCGGCCAUGUUAGGGUCAGGCAUUUUUCGAGUUACGGAUAGUGCGCCAUAUUUAGUGUUUUUAUAUUGUUAUUAUCGUUGAUGCACUAUCUCCUUGCAAGAUGAAGUAACAACAAACUAUAACUUGGCGGGAAAAAAAUAAUAGCAUGUUGUAGCUAAAUAAUAGCAUGUUGUGGCUAAAUAAUAGCAUAAAAUUGCUCAUACCCUUUAAACAAGGUCACACAAUAAGGAAGCACAACAUGCUAUUAUUUUUUUCCCGCCAAGUUAUAGUUUGUUGUUACUUCAUCUUGCAAGGAGAUAGUGCAUCAACGAUAAUAACAAUAUAAAAACGCUAAAUAUGGCGCACUAUCCGUAACUCGAAAUAUGCCUGACCCUAACAUGGCCGAAACUAUUCUUUUGAUCUAAUAUAAAGUAGUGACCUGUCUAACCUAUUACACAAGACUACUUCGCAACUAGGCCCACUUCCAUAAAUUAAAAUCUAUUAUUUAUGAAAAUCAUUAUUUCUGCAAAGUAUUUAUUUUAAUCCCUAUUUUGAAUUUAUUUUAUACUCUGAGAGGUCCAGAAGGGGGUCCAGAAGGGGGUCCAGAUGGGGGUCCAGAAGGGGGUCCAGAUGAGGGGGUCCAGAUGAGGGGGUCCAGCUUUUGUACCCUCCCCAAUUUGCACUCUUGAACACUGUAGUGCUUACAAAAAUGUUGCUUUGUGUUUACUGUUGCUACUCAUAAGUCGAUUUGUUAUAGGUUACAUUUCAGCCUGAGUUAGUAGAUGCUCCAAAUACAGUAACACUAAAAAUAUAGCGUAGCGAAAUAGCGAAAUUGUCCGCUACAUUUUUUAAGCUGUAGCUGUAGUCAGUAGCGAACUACCUUUGUUCAAAAGUAGCAGUAGUUGUAGCUGACUACAUAUUUUUUGAAGUAGCUGUAGUUAUAGCGAACUACAAAAAUUUUGUAGUCAACCCGCCCUUGCUAUUACACAGUUUAAUGUUUUAUUUAUAGAGUAUUAAAAAUCGGUCUCGACAGCUGCGUUGUCUUGGUCUUAAAGUAAAAUCAUUACUAGGAUGCUUAAAAACAAUCUAAACGUUUGAUAAUAACAAACUUACAGGAGCCUUACAAAUUAAAACAAUCAAUCUGUAUAAACAAAAUAUCAACAUAACUUAAUUAUGAGUUAUGGUGCCAGUUAUGAACUUACUACCAUGCAUUGAAAAAGUGUUGACAAUUAACUAUAUGACACGACUAACAAUAUAUUACUUUUUAAAAUAUUUGUAAAAUACGGCCUCCGACUUAUUAUAUACGACUCGAAAAAAACACUCCUACGCAUGUUUUAAAUAGAACUUUUAAUAAAGAACUAGAUAGCUCUUAUUAGAGAUAAUCAGUGGCACAAUGUCCUUUUAUUUUUAUGUUAUAAAACAUUAUGAUCAUUGCAUAUGUUUUUAGUCACCUGGUCAAGUGGUACGCUGUAGUUCUCCCACUUUUCCAACUCUAAUAUGCUACUGAAUAUCAUGCAUUAAAGAUACCUUCAUUGCCGCAUAUAAGCAUAGUACGUUAAAGUAGCUUUGCGCCGUUAGUUAAGGCCCUGUACCCGGAGUGAAAAACAGAAUGCCGGCUAUCAUACUACAAGCAAACCGAACAAAAUCUGAGGUGAGGUUUCUCAGUCAUUACAUUAAUUUCCGAAUCACCUUUCAAAGAGUAGACGUCGCGUUCAGCCCGUAUAUUGACCCCAUAAUAUAGUGUCACGAGUGCACUCCUUUUACGAACGCUUAAAAAGUUCAGUGAAUGACUAAAUUCAUGUCCAUUAUUUGAUAUCUUCUGCUAGGUUAUUGCAGCAUAAGAUUACAGCAUGCAUAUAGUCGUAAGUCGUGCAAUUUGGAUUUAGUCGCGCGGGCACACACGCUACGAUAUUAAACAUCGGCCGAUUUAAGAUUUAGGCAAAUGCUAUUUACCGUAUUUCCUCUCCCCCACUUACAUAUACAGAGGAUAAUGAGUUCACAGAUCGUACCACUGACUGCUCCUCGUUUCAAAAUGAAUCCAAACCAUAAAUCGGCCAACUAUAAAAUGGUAAUGUGCGCGCCCGGUUUCAGAAGUGCAUGCAUGCGCGUGUUUCUACUUCCACUUGAAGUCAUGCUAUUCCAAUUUACAGGCGACGCAGGAGAUUCAAUGAGCUACCACAGUGGAAUGAAAUUAACGACUAAAGACGUCGAUAAUGACUACAAUCCAAACUCUCAAUGUUCUCAAACCUUCAAGGGUGCUUGGUGGUACAACAAAUGUCAUCGUUCAAACCUGAAUGGCCAAUAUCUUGCUGGUCCUCACAGUUCUUAUGCUGAUGGGGUUAACUGGUACAAUUUUAAAGGACAUUAUUACUCUUUAAAGACAAGUGAAAUGAAAGUACAACCAAUGGCAUAGCCAACCCGAUCACAAUCAAUGACACUUUCUCACGUGGGCCAAUAUCCGCCAUUUUUGGGUACUGCCUUCCCUCGUAAUAUAAUCUAGACAAUUAAUAGUAGGUAAGGGAAGUCGCCGGGCAAAACAGAUCCGUAACGUCGGGAAAAGGAAUGGCACUUAGCGUCGGCUUGUUCACCGCCAAGUUUUAACUGUAUAUAUUUAUACCAUUACACACACUACAAUUAUGCGUGAUAUUUACCAUGCAGUGUCAUCGCUAGGGAGGAGGUGUGUUGGGGGCGUGACACCCAUCCCCCUUGCAUUGUUCGUCUAACCAAAUUUGACCUUUAAUUGGGUAGGAAGGAAGUAAUUAAAAAUUAAGAAUUAUAGCUAAAAUAUGGGGAGACUUACGGGAAAACAAUCAGCAAAAACUAACCGAGUGACUUUACCGCACCCAGAAAUGUCCGGAAAUAUAGCGUCCGCGGAAAGAUUUUUUGAGUUCAAUCUUGACAUAGGUGUCAGGUCCUCGUAUAUAUUCUGUAAGCGCAACAAAGAAUGGACAUGAUAACCCACAACCUGCCUCGUACCCAGGCGCUUUGGACGCGAGACGGCUUUUCAAAUUAAUCCACGCGGCCCACGCAAAAGUCACGCAAACCAUAGAAAAAUACAUAGCGCCUGGGUACGAGGCAGACCCACAACUAUGUCAUACUAUAUUAUUAUUAUUAUUAUUAUUAAUAACUAACUAGUGUCAUACUAAUAUUUAUUAUUAUCAGGUAUAUAACUAACUAUAUAUAGUGUCAUUAGUGAUACUAAUAUUAUUGUUAUUAUAUAUAGUGUCAAUUCAAGUAGACACAAGCCGGUAAACUAUAUACAUGUAAAAGAGAGGUUUAUCACUGUAUAGCGGUAUAUAUAUUAUUGAGAGUAAAUUUAAUCAAUAUUGCUUUAUAUACACAACAUGCAGUCAAUAAGAGUGAAUCGCAUACACAAGUGUAUGGGUUAUACAUGAGUAAGACUUAUUUAUAUAGGUUAUAUACACAGUCAAUUUCUCUAUUGUUUGCAGGUUUGUAGGCCUACAAAAAAAUCAAAAAUUAAAAAAAAACAAUUAUCGUGUGAUUCAUGUAUUCGUGUUGCCAUGACUAACAUGACGUGAGCAACGCGAGCCUGCGUUCAGUGUUGGCGUAAUUACGAAUGCUUCAUGUUGAAACAAUGUUUGGAGAAUGUAGGCGAGGGGUUGUUGCAUGCAUGUAUUUCUAGUAUGCGCCUGUAUUUCACUCGGUGACGUCACUGGACAAAUCUGUUACUAUGGUCUACGAUUUUUUCAACCGUUGUAAAAAUGCUCUGAAAGCUAUAAAACUACGGGAUAUGGACCUCAGAAUUAUUAAAGAGACUUUAAUUGAUAAAUUAUAAAGGCCCGUUUACACGGGUGAUUUUUGCUGCGAUUUUAGUUGCGAUUUUCACCUUUUGGAGGAUGUGAAGGAGUAGAUUACUUAAUGAUGUUGUUAUGAGAUUUCAUAACCUGGAACAUUUAUAACUGAUCUACUCCUUCACAUCCUCCAAAAGGAAAAAAUCGCAACUGAAAUCACAGCAAAAAUCGCCCGUGUAAAUGGGCAUUAAAGUUUAAUCUGCAUGGGUUAUGGCUUAUGCCAAUAAAAGGACAAUUUUAGAAACGUUUAGAAAAAAAUCAUUAUUAUCCAGUGGAUAUGGUGCUGACCGGCCUGGGGCCGGUUGUACGAAGGCCGGAUAGCGCAUUUAUUAGCGCUAUCCACCGAAUAGUGAUUUUUUCAACCUUUGAAAAAAUGUUUGAAAAACUGUGAAACUACGGAUAUAGACGACAUAAGAAGUGUAAAAAAAAUUUAACUUAUAAAUACUAAACUUUAAUACGAGUUACACAAAUCAACAACUGAUUUAACAAAGCUUGAAAAAAUCACUAUCCGGUGGAUAACGCUAUCCGGCCUUCGUACAACCCGGCCCUGAUGAAUAUACCAAAUGGACGGUCGUCAAUCUGCGGGAAACUAUUCAAAAUAAACUGCUGUAAUAUAAAAAUCAUUUUGAUAACAAACGCACCUACUCUUUGCAAGUUAUUACAUUUGCAUGGAACAAAAAAUAAAAUUAAUGAUCGAUUGUAAAUUAUUCAACACUAUUAAUAAUAUAUUCGAUUCCUGUUUAAUUAAAUAUUAUUUUUAAACGCUUUUUUUAAAUAAUAUUUAAAAAGAAGGUACAUUUUUCAACGAUCGUGUUUGUGUAGUUUGAUAUUUUUCGUUAUCCAUGCAGUCGCUCAGUAUUUCAUACACAUAUUUUCCCUUCAAUUCAAUAUCAAUUUUUGCCAAAACAAUUUGUGAUUAAUAAAUUUUCUUCUUGUAUAUAAUCUCUAUAAUCGUAUUUCAUUAUUCCGUUGGCGUGCUGUUGUGUUGUUCAUUAUUAAUACUUUAUCUGUUUCAUCGUUACAGAAGAUUCUGAACAUGUUGUUGAUUUUAAAUCAACAUGUACAUUAAUGCUGAGAGUUAAAGCUAUAAUAUAUAUACCCGGCAAUUUAGUUCAUAUUUUCCCACUGCAAUAAACAGUUGUUUUCUGCAAAUCGUGUCGUCAACGUCUCAACAGAAGAAAAAGUAAAACGAAUCCAAAUGGCAAACGUAUAAAGUAUAAAUAUUAUUGCAAUAUUAAUAGUUUGUAUAUAUAUAACUGUCUGUUUCAUAACUUUCAUUAAUAAAGCCAUGAUGAGAUUGUCUAACUGGAUAUAUAGUCGACUGCAUGAGGGCGGAAGAGUGCUGUAAUUUGACAUAAAUUAAAGCCUGAUUUAGAGGCGGCUGCAGAUUUCGCUGGAAGAUAUUAGGGCCAUUUAUACGAGACAAAAUAAGACGCGACUUACAUAAGACGCGACUUAAAUAAGUGGAGUUAUCGCAUGAAUGGUUCUCUACGGCUUUGGUCUUAUUUAUUUGCUAUAGCUAUAAUGUUGUUUUGGUUGUUUUUGUUUUAAUAUGCAAGGCAUUAAAUUUUACGUUGUUUCAAGUUUCUAGCAUGUGUAGUUAGACUUUUUGUCCAAAAUUUCUUAUUUAAGACGCGACUUAAAUAAGAACAUCUAAAAGACCUGUUCUUAUGUAAGACGCGUCUUAUCCAAGACGCGUCUUACAUAAGAAUUUUGUACCUUUUAUACCACAAACUCGCGUCUUACUUAAGUCGCGUCUUAUGUAAGUCGCGUCUUAUUUUGUUCCGUAUAAAUGGCCCUAUUGGGGCUGUCGUGACAUUGAAAAGCCUAGAAAACUUGAAAUCAAUUUUACAUCGAUCCAUGCAUGCAUCCACCUGGCAAACAGUUUCAAGGAAUUUUAGUGUAUCUAACAUUCCUUGAUGUCGUAAAUACCACUACAUAUACUUCACAACAAUCUGGCGUCUGGUUCGUUUUGUCUGCAUCAGGUACGUUAUCGCGAUCGGGGACGGUUGGUCCUCAUGUUAUUUAAUAUUUAUUUUUAUAUUUUAAGGUAUACAAUUGUAUUCAAAAAACCAUUAUUUUAUCAUCUUGCCGCAAAGUAUGAUCACGAAACUCGGCCACAUAACUGCUACAAUAUCCCGAAUUACGAAAAAUAAAAAAUAUCGUUAAAAAUCCCCGUUGCCAUGGUAACAAAGCGAUUUUAAAAAGGGCCAAAUUGCAGAUUGUUUGAUAAUUUUUUGAAAACUUCUUCGGUAAAACUUUUAAUUUCUUGCACACAGUAUUCUUAUCUAUAAUCCCUUCAAAUGAUAGCAUUUAAAAAAUAUCGUACGAGAAUUUUUUUAACCUCAAAAAGCCCUGUUUUUGGAAUUAAAAAAUUCGGCUCGUACGAUUUUCUUAAAACUUGCUCAUUUUACGCACUUGAAAAUUACUGGAAAGUGUGUGAAGUUUUAAAAAAAUUUUACCGAAGGAAACACGAGAAAAAUACAUUUAUUUUUAUCUAUGUGACGUCACAAAAAUCAGGAUUUAAAUUUCCUCGCGCGACCAGCCGACAAUCCCACGAAGGCACGCGCGUGUAUAUCACGACGCAAUUUUAAAAAACCCGCCACGCGUGCAACGUCGACCACGUGUGUUGCGUGUAGCACUAUUAAUCUUGCACGUGGACAAAAUUUCCGCGACACAGACCUAAAACUGUAGGGAGCCACCUUAAGUAUUUUCAUAUCUAUUAUUCUUAUAUCUGGUUAAUAUAUUUUUUCUCUGACAUAGCAUGUGUUUUUAUUGGGUUGUUGGUUGUCUAAAUUCAGUCAUUGCAUGUGUUGUGCAAUGUUUUAUAGUUUUUCACCAGCAAACAUCACACUACCUAACAAAUGAGUGACAUAUGUGUACGUACACCAAAAAUGAUGUCACAUCGUGAGACCUACCGUUGACCGGGGCAUCAAUACGGUGGGAUUAUAUAAUCAGUGGAGUUACAGGACUACUGCAGAUAUCAUAAUAUGACCAGUUACAGGUCGUACAACCACAGUGCAGCUUAACCUUCGUUGUAUAACGAGUUUUUAAAAUUAUCUAAAACCGAUAAUGCGCCUUUGCUUCUUUGCCCUUUCUAAUAAAAGGGCUGGCAAGAGGGGACACCCGUCCCUCUUUCCUCCCCCCCCCCCCCAAUUCAAACGUCGUUGAUUUACCUCUUUCUACUUUUUCUAGGUCACCACCUCACUAAGCAUGUAUUCAGCCAAUACAAAACAGCAAGUGUCACAGAAUGCAUGUGCGCAAUACUGUGUAAGAGAAAUCUCUACCUGCAAAUCAAUCAAUUACAAAUCAAGACACAAUCAUGAUUCUUCAAAAAACUGUCAACUAAAUAACGCUACAAAAUUCAUCCAGCCUCAGAGUUUGACGGUUAAUAUUGAUUACAACUAUUACGAACCAUUAAUCAAGGUAAUGUAUAUUUAAUGUACUGUUUAAUUUUUGUCUAUAGUAGUGUUACACCUAUUGUAUAAAACCAGGGUAGCCGGGGAAUGCACGGGGGCAGCGAGGCCAAGCUGCCCCGGUUGCCCAAACAGUGCAUGAGGGGGUAUGCAGCACGGGGCAGCAGGUUGUCUUUUUUAGCUUCAAACUGAAUCUGAAAUUCCUCUCAAAUUUCUAUGAGAAAAAGUUUAAAAAGAAAAAAUAAUUGACAAAAUGUCAUGUUGUUUGACAAUGUCAAUGCAUUUUAGUCUUUGGCGUCAUAUGAAUGAAUAAAAUUGUUCCAAUCAAUACCGAAAUUUGUCUAACUAUAUUGGCUAGAAGUAUAGUCGCGAGUAUAUUCGUACGGAAACGGUUGCCCCCGCCACUUCGCGUGGUUUCCUGUGCACAGUACCUGCAUACAACUCACAAUUCACUUCGCUUUAGUAAAUUUGUAAAUUUAUUUAUUACAUUUCGAUCCUAAGCUUCAUCAGUCAACAAAGAAUUUACAUUUCCUAAGCAAAAUUUGCCCAUUAGCCUCAUCUAUUAUGUGUCUCAAGCGUGACCGAAUAUGAGUUCGAAAACUCUUCGCUGACCUCCACGUUUCUAGCCUAGACAUUUCUUUGCAAAAAUGUUAAUUAAAUUGUUUAUAAACUGGACAAAACCUAGACGUAAAAUAGACUGGCGUUAGCCACAUUACUUCAGUCAAAUUUUUAAAUCUCGUUUUGGUUGAUACAGCAACAUAAUUAUCAUGCAUGUCAAUUCUUCCUAUUAUUGCAGGCAAAACAGACAAAUGAGAAGAGUGGUCCAGUGAAACAUGGUAAAUCAAAACGAAUUAUGGCUCUGCUAUCAUCAUUUAGGCCUAUACUGAUAUAAACUGAUUUCUAAAACUUAACUGAUAUUAGCAUAUAUACAGUAUAUAGCUAAUGUCAGUUACAUUUUUACUGACAUAACAACCUUAGACCAUAUGGUUUUGACGUUUUUGAGCAAGAAGUUUUAGCAAUAAGAGCUUACUGAAGAGCAGUUUUCUAACCAUCCAUGCACACGGCAAUAAAGAAUCUUGAAGUGAGUCUUAAUUUUUCCUUUACUGUGAUCAACUGUGAAUAUUUGAAAAAACCACUGUUGUCUCUGGAUGAGAAAAAGGCUAUAGUGGUCCUGAUGGAAUUGCUGCUCACUUUUUACUAGCUAGGUUAUUCAAUCACUGCAUUGUCGAUUUUAUAUGACCCACUCGGAAUGGAAAUGUAGUAAUGCCAUUCCUAUUUAUAACAAGGAAGAGCUGACAUGUAAAACUAACGAUAGGUCCAUUAAUCUAUAUAUUGUCUGUGAUCCCAAAUUUAUUCGAGAAAGUUCAACAGUUACACCAGGCGUUUUCUCCUGUUUUCUCUGAAAACUGGCUGAAGAUUGGAGAUCUGAUCUUAAUGUUAAAAAGGACAUAGUUGCGGUGGCAAUUGAUCUUUCUAUAAUGCAUUCGAUUCUAAUUUUUAUCCCUCAUAUUCUGUUGCUUGCUAAACUGAAGUCCUAUGGUUUAGACUUUAGACCGUUCGAUCGAUCUGCUUUGGCCUUGAUUCGUUCCUACUUGUAUGGUCGUAAACAAAGGGUUUACUGGGGUCCCUGUUGUUCAAUAUUUUUGUGAACGAUGUGAACUCAGUGGAAACUUGCUCUCCCCUUCGUCUUAGUUAUGCGCGACGAUAAUAGAGAGGUUCAAAUUUGACUUCCACUAUCGCUACCUUUCAGUCUCACUGGCUAAGUACGCAUCUGAUUGGAUUAUCGGAUAUACCAAACGCAUCUAAUUGGUUAAUGGCCGCUUAAUGGUAGCGGUAGUGAAAGUCAAAUCUGAACCUUUAUACUACCAAUUAUGCUUCCGACCAAUGUCCCGUUAGAUUGAUAAUUUCGAUUAAUACGGACAUAAUAACCUUAGACAGGGACGUAGGAACCGCGGGGGGGAGGGGCAAAAUUGCCCUUUUUUGUGAUGAAAUAUGCACUUUUCAGUUGUACAAGCUCAUGUCGCUGUAAAUACUAUAUUAACAUCGAAGAUGCCCUUUUUUGUGAAAUUUCGAUUUUUAAAAACAAUUGGUCAAAAAAGGCGUUCAUUGUACGUUGCAAUUUGAUAUGGUAUGACCGGAAAAUCUGCCCCCCCUCUGUCGCCAACAUUACCAUUACCAUGACUUUUUAGGUGCUCUUUUCAUUAUUCAAAAUUUAAAGUGCCUUUGGAAGCCGGUGCCCCCCUCCCCCAAUAUUUUGAUGCUUCCUACGUCCCUGACCUGACGCUUGAACUUCAUAUAUUAAAUGAAAUGCUUAAAAAGCUAGGUUUAUGCUAAAGUGGCAACUCUGCGAGAUCUAAGGGGCUUUUUUAAUAUAUAUGGUCCCGCAUACCCAGGAUUCAAUGAAGUGUGACGUAUUUUGAGCAAUUGAAAUAGUCGCACUUCAUAAUCUAACAAAAUUGCUUGUUACAAAUUGUAUGAAAUUCCAUGUUUUUGACAAAAAAACCAAAUGUUGUUGAUUAGUAUUUUUGCACAAGUGAACAUAACAAAUCCUACAAGGUGAUUGGUCAAAUUUGACGUAUUAAUCUGUUAUAUUCACCUACAUGUGCAUAUAACAAAAUCGAAAUUUUCAAAAUGGCAGCUAGCCGUUUUGUUGAAGUUAGUGAUAAAGAAAUAAGCGAAAUUAAAAUGAAUUCAGACCAGAAAAACACAAAAAGACUUGUGCAAUAAUACUAAAACAAUUAUUCGCCUCAGGCUCGGUGAUUAUCGGGGAAUAUUCACCUCGACUUCGUCUCGGCGAAUAUUCCCCGAUAAUCAUCACCUCGCCUUCGGCGAAUAAUUGUUAAAUGUUAUUAAUAAUUAAUCGUCUUCUUCCACUACAUAACUUCUAGCGCGUACAAUAAUUAAAGUUAUCUAAGUUUUGUUUAGGGCUGAAACACGUAUUUCAAUUGCUCAAAAUACGUCACACUUCAUUGAAUCCCGGUGUCCCAGGAAAUUUGGCGCCCGGCAAACUUUGGCCCCCCGGGGGAAAUUUCCCAGGAAAUAUGGCCCCCCUUCGGAAAUUUGGCCCCCUCGAAAACAUAGUUCACUUUAUCGCUAUAAGCUCGGAAAUCGUGAAGCUUCUUCUAAAACCAAGAUCCUAAAAGUGUUUGUCAGUAUUUAUAGUUGAUUUGCAUAACUUAUUGGUGUGGAAAUUCUUCAUUGCGGCCAAGAACUAAAAGUUUGAAGGAAAGCGUAAUAAUUAUCACUUAUUUACUGAGACCGAGGGAAACAGUGUGUUUUGUGGACCCGAGACCGCCGUUGUUGCCCGAGGCGAAGCCGAGGGCAACAACGGCGGUCGAGGGGCCACAAAACACACUGUUUCCCUCGGUCUCAGUAAAUAAGUGUUUUGUUAUAUAGUAUAUAAGUGUCAAAGUAUGAAUAAUUCACCGGUUAUUGGAGUGAACUUAAUUUGAAACCAAAAAACGCCGUAAAUGUUUAGUAAAAAGUUUAAAAAUGAACUUUGGAACUUCAUGGUUGACACGCAUGCGUAUUGCACCCAUUUUAUUAUUGACCGGUCAAUAAAUGUUUCAUUGCGGACCGGUUGCCGAACAUGACGUUUUGUGGACCGGCACGUGAUACGGUUUUGACCAAUCGGCAAACAGAAAAAUUGAACUUUGACACCAACUACAUAACAAUAAUGUGUUAGUGCACUAGUCAUGCCAGACACAUCACGUUACGUAUCUGUUGAGGACAACGUUAAUGCAUAAUGGCUUAGCUUUAAGCUAAGGACACGAAACGAUUUUUAGAGAUAGGAAUUUUUAAGAUAUUACAAGACUUAGUUAUUUAGAUCUAUAAAAUUCAGUCACAUAGUAUAAAAUUAGUGAGAAUAACAACUGCACUUUAGCAAACGAUGGGGCGAAUAUGUUAAUAUGCACGCGUUUAAUAAAUGACAGGGAAUAAUUAGCAUUAGGGUAAAAGUAGACUUUUAAAUGGACGUUUGUUCGAAAAACAAAAUCAAAUGAGUGGUUAUUUCGUAAAAAAAACUUUUCCUAUGCAAUUUUACUUACAUAUACACAGUAUAUCGCUCAUAUGGUUGGGAUGCAUUACAGAAGCAUUCCGUAAAAACGGAAGUUAGUCCGCGUGUUGUGACGUGAUAUCGUUCACUUUCAUUAAGCAUUUAAGCAUGUCUUAGAUCUGAAAUAUUUUUACGGGAACUAACACUUUCGAACACGCUGAGUUCAAAUCCGAAAAGUUCCCACUCCGUAGACCCGCAGUUUUUUUACAAAAUGCUAUUUUAUCAAUUUAUCUUCACUAAUUUCACAACAAAUUUUUUCAUUGUUCAACGACACGGAUCGAUGACGAUACACGAUUAUGUCACUCAAAAGGACCAAUUUCUAUUAACCAUUCUUCCUUUUAACAAAAGAUCGGUUUUGCUCGAAUCGUUUUGAGUUAUGCAAUCUUAUGCGUGUUGGACGUAAACAACAUAUCUUGUCUACAACUUUGAGAAAGUACAGCCGAUAACGCUUUCUAAAAUCCUCAGUUCUAGAGAUAUCUUUAUAAAACCACAAGAACAUUAAUGCGAAGUCUUUUAGCUAUGUCACUGGCCUGAAAAAUAACUCUUUUAACGCGAUCAAGGUAUUUAAAACAAAAGUAAUGCGAAGCCAACGUAACGGCAAAGACAACGCUAAAAUAAAAUAUUGUCGAAUGGUUGCUGGUAGAACACUUACGACAGGAUCAAUCUUAAAUAACCUUAAACUAUAAGAAUAAAUGUUCACAUCAAAGACAAGGAUCAGUCCCAAAGUAUAAAAUAUGCUCUGUAAACUUACGACGAAGUGGAGAAAUGUGUGAGCUGUUUAUUUGAUGAUUUCGACGUAUAUAGAAGCCCUCUUUCCGUUAAUAUUCGCUUAUCGCACAGUAUAACACCAACUGAUUUAAGAGAUUAUCUAUAGUGCGAGCUGCGAGUUGCGAGUUGCGAGUUGCGAGCUGCGAGUUGCGAGUUGCGAGCUGCGAGUUGCGAGUUGCGAGUUGCGAGUUACGAGUAUAUUGUUAAUUUCUAAUAACAUCGGGUUUAAUUUUAACCCAGGGUUAACAUUAACCUAGCUUUGAAGCACCGAACCAGGUGUUUACACCUGUGGUUUACACUAAAAAUUCAAAUUGAAAACUGUAUGGCAUCCUGGCGGAUGUGAUUUUAGCUUUGUCUCAGUUUGGCGCCAAUUUUCAGCUUUUGAAAUAAACAUUCAUUGCAUUUAUUUUUAUACUUACAAACUUGUAAAUAGCAAUCGUUUUGAUAUACUGAUGGUUUUUUCCCGUGUUUAGAUAAAGUUUAUGUAUGUAUAUGUAUGUCUAUGUAUAAAUUGUAUAAAAUAAAUUGUACUUCCGAUGAAAAGGACUUGAGUUUUAUGGGGUUCCCAGCGUUCAGUAUAUAUAAACAAACUGAGUCGGUGUCUGGUCAUACUUACUAAUAAAAUUAAAUAACCAUUUUAAGAUUAGACAGCACAAAAUGGUCUGGAUAACUACUAGAUUUUAUUAAACACAGAAACGGCAAAUAUAAACUUGCACUUUUAUUUUCAAUAUAAUUAUUUUAAUUCUUGAACAUACGUAUCGAUAGAUCUAACAAAGUAAAAAAACAAGUAAAGGCCGAUUUUUAUCUCGUCCGUAUCGUAGCAUUUUUUUUGUGUCGAAGUCUUAGUUACAGGGACCUUAACUUCGAAGGUCAUUAUAUUUAUGAAACAAAAAACCCUUCGACUUUCCCUUCCAUGUCGUCCAUAUUAAUAUACUUUCAAAGCCUAAUUCAAAGCGAGGCUAGCGACUCGCAACUCGCAACUCGCAGCUCGCAAAAUAGCCGACCCCCUGAUUUAAUAGUUCAAAUGCAAUGAUAAGUUAAUCUUGAAUUACGUCUCGGAAACCGUGUUGGAAAUUUCAAUGCUGAUCCAUUACAUAUAGAUUAACGUUUUACAUCUUUGUAUAAAACAUUUUGAUCGCAUGUAAGGAAUUAUUUCUCAAUCCAGAGACAUAGCCCAAAGAUUUGACAUUAACGUCCUUGUGAUUUUAUAGAGAUAGAUCCAGAACUAAGGAUAUUAGAAGGAAUUAUCUGUACCUUCUCAAAGUUGUAGACAAGAUAUAAUUAUGUUGUUUACGUCCAACACGCAUAAGAUUGCAUAACUCAAAAUGAUUCGAGCAAAACCGGUCUUUUGUUAAAAGGGAAGAAUAAUGGUUAAUAGAAAUUAGUCCUUUUGAGUGACAUAAUCGUGUAUCGUCAUCGAUCCGUGUCGUUGAACAAUGAAAAAAAUUGCUGUGAAAUUAGUGAAGAUAAAAUAGCAUUUUGUGAAAAAACUGCGGGUCUACGAAGUGGGAACUUUUCGGAUUUGAACUCAGCGUGUUCGAAAGUGUUAGUCCCCGCAAAAGUAUUUCAGAUCUAAGACAUGCUUAAUGAAAAUUGUUUUCUAGGCACUUUUCGAGGUCACAACACACGGACUAAGUAGACUGUAUGCUUGAUGGCUCACAAAAACAUUCCGCACACAGAAAAGCACAAAGGUUUGAAUAACUAACAAAAUAUUCAGCAAACACAAAAGCACCGCAAAGGUUUGGAUGACUCACAAAAACAUUUCGCAAACACGCAAAAAUCAAAGGUUACAUCCAGCUACAUAAAAUCCGUCAGUGUUGUAAGCAAUUCUCUGGGCCUAAUUCUCGUCAGUAUUGCAAUUCAGCGCAGAAUUUUGUUUUGACACAAAAAAUUACGCAAUUAAAGUAACUAUAAAUGUUGAGAAAAAUUUAUCGAAAUUUGGUUUUAGUAGAAGCUUCACGAUUUCCGAGCUAAAAGAUAAAGUAAACUAUAAUUUUUUAGAGGGGGCCAAAUUUCCGAAGAGGGGGCCAUAUUGCCUAGGAAAUAUGGCCCGGGGGGGCCAAAUUUUCGGGGGGAGGGCAAAUUUCCUGCGGGACCAUAUAAACAACCCCUAUAAGCCGCUUCAUCCCUAUUGAAGUAGCAACAACACUGUGUAAGGCCUACAUCCUACCACACAUUAAAUACUGCUGUCCUGUCAUUCUUGGUACUGCAUGGGAAAUGCUUUGAUAGGAAAUUGGAGCCCGCUAACCCGUAAAAACUUUGUUUAAUAUGGGCGAUACAGACGGCUGAUUACGAAACAGUUUUGCCGAAUAUGGCGUCAGUGCGUAGUUUCGAACAGAGGCGAUUUGAACAGCCACUUAUUUUGGCACUAAACUGAUACGACUCCAUGACCAUGGAGCUCAAUAUAUUUCAAACUUUCAAACAUUGGUGUGAACUUUGAGCAAGUUCGCUACAAUAGUAAUUAUACGUUAUUUCAGCACAAUUCGUAUGCCCCGGCCAUGGCUCGGGAAACUUGAGCAAUCAGUCCCUAUUCUUUUGCAUAACUUUAAAUAAAUUAUUGUAUUCUAGCUAUAAAUUCGUGAGAAACUGUAGUUGAAAUGCUUAAUUUAAUUUGAAUGAUUAAAAUCUUGCAUGUGCUCUUGCCAGAUAUGCAUGCAUGACAACUGCAUAAUCCCCGAGCCGACGGCGCGGGUACUAAUUCCCCCCGGCUAUUUACACGGAGAAACGAAAGCAUUAGCGAAGUCUAAAGUUCAUCAAUGAUCGCGGGCGUGACCAACGAUCUUGAGUGGGUGGUCAUCCUCACUGAUCUCGAAAAUAUGGCUGAUUGCAUGUAGGAGUGGGAUACUGUAAGCAAGAUUUCAAUUUUAAAAGACAUAUAUUUGGAAAAUCGUUUCAUAUACAACAAGCUUCAGGCAAUUUUGUUUGAAGAAAUGAGAAGAAUUGAUUUACUAUGGGAAAUCGUGAAAUAUACGGCAAGUUUGCUUUGAAUAUUUAAUGUUUACGAAUUCUGUUGCUUUAACUUUUUGCCUAAAAACAUGAACUGUUUUCCUUUUCAACGUCAACGAAGCUCUAAGUUUCAUAAAUUACCGUUUAAUUUGAGAAAAGAUCUUAAAAUGUAAAGGCGAACAAAUAGAUUUGAAGACUGCAGAACUGAAAUUACUUAACAGUUUGUUUUAUUUGUAUUAAACUUAAAACAGUUUAUCGGCAAAAUGUAGUUUAGUUGAAAUGUUGAAUGAACAUUUCAAAACAUUUUACGAAGCGUUUCAAGUUAAAUUUUACAUUAAAUCAAAGCUCACAAAGUGCAAAAUGAUAUACCUACAGUAUAUAUUUCGGAAAUUUAUUGUUGUAUAGAAUCUUUCAACUAUUUUGCAGUUUUGUACAAAAAUAUUAAAAGUUUAAUAAAAUAAUAAUAUUUUAAUCGUGUUGUCAUGGCCAUGGGGAAGAGAUUAUUUCGCUAGCCCAAAGUGACAAAACGUAACAAAGCAGCGGUUUUACUAACACUAACCCCACUCCAAACACCAACUCUAACCACUACCCUAAUCCUUACCUAAACCCUAACCUAACCCUAUGCCAAAUUUGUUUCUAAACCAAUCUUGAAGAAAACAGUUCUGACAAAAUGACAUGAAAAUGUCAUUCUAAUGUCAGCGAAAUAGUUGAUGCCUUGUCAUGGCAACACUUGAGCGCGAGCCUGCGUUCAGUGUUGGUCAUUUCUGAAUACUUCAUGUUAAUUUAACGUUUGGAAAAUAUUGGCGAGGGGUUACUGUAUGCAUGUAUUUCUAGUUACAACUUAAUUUAGUGGGCUCGCUACUGUAAUGGAGGCCGAAAUUUCUAAAAGGGCGCGAUAUUCCUAAGAAAAUCCCUCCGGAGCGAAAUUCUGGGUGGUGGAUUUAUUGGGACAGUAGCCAGUUAGAUAGUAAAUGUGCGAGUAUUUUUUCAUUCGUUGGAAGGUAAUUUUUGUCUUUAAUGCGUUCUUCGUUCCUUUAGCGAAAAGUUGUGAUGUUUUAUACAAAUCAGGCAAAACAAUCACAGGUGUUUAUACAAUCGAUCCGGACGGACAAGGAGAUUUCCAAGUGAGAUGUGACAUGACUUCCACUCCAGGCAAGGGCUGGACCAUAUUCCAGAGACGUGUAGAUGGUUCUGUGGAUUUUUACAGAAACUGGACUGAAUACAAAAAUGGAUUUGGAAAGUUGACUGAUGAAUUCUGGCUAGGUUUAGACAAAAUUCACCGUUUGUCAGCAAAUGGAGGAGGCUUAAAGGAUAUAA